AUGGAGCUAAGAUUUGUCGUGGUGAUACCGCUGUUGGUGAUGUAUUUUGCAAAAGACGAAGUAGAUGGUUGGUUCAGAAGACGGCGUCGAAGGCGAUGGAGUCCUCCGCCACCUCAACAGUGCAUUGUUAGCGGUACGAAUUUGCUAAAUAGUCCUUGGUUUUUUAUAGAUUGCGAUAAACUAGAGUUGUUUGUGUCGACUUCAUCGCUCUUAAUCUUAGUUACCUUUGUCACUUCUUUGUGUAUGUCGUUCAAAGAAUGUUGGUUAUUUACUCCAGACUACCAGAAAGUGUAUGAGUCAACCUCUCGUGUUUUCUUUGGAUCGAUUGAGUCAAACUGUUGAAAUAUUUUGAUUAUUUACGUGUCACUUUCCUUUGCUUUCGAAAAAGUUUAUUCUUUCUCUCUGAAUACUUCAAGGUAAGGUACAUUAAAAAUGCAGUAACCAAAAUAGUAUAACUUUAUAUUAGAGCUCAAGAUUUUUUAAGAUUGUUCUUGUCUUUUUAAAAAUUCAUUAAUGGAGUGCAAUUUCCUUUACAGCUUACGAGGACACUUAAGCAUAAUUAUCUGAGCAGUUUGUGUUCGGUGAAACUGUAGCUUACAUCUUGUUAUUUUUAUUCCAUUUCCUUGUUUAUUUUGAGAAGUCCAUUAACAUGCAGUUUCUUAUUACGUGUAAGCUUAUAUGGGAUUGACCUCAAAACGUGUCUUGGCCUGUCUGAAUAAAAGUGUGUUGCACUAAAAUGGAAUAGGCCAAUAUCUGGUAAGAUUUCUGUCCCCCAUACAUUUAUUAUACGUGUACAUGCAGGAAUUUCUUACAAUUUCAUGCAAAUAGUUAAUAUUUAUAAAAUGUGAGGUCUAAAAAUGUAUGCAUAACAAUAAAUGUAUGAGGCUGUACGGAAAUCUUUCCAAUCUGAAAUUGGUUCAAUUGAAAAAAUCAAGUCAUGAGGUAGCAUUGUUUGACAGGAGAAGGGAAUCAAAGUCAGUUUAGAGUUAAAUUGUAUAUUGGGAGUUUUGGUGUGGAUGAUUGUUUGAUAAAUUUGUAAAUUUACCUUUUAGCAAAAAAGCAACAUUUUUGAAGGGCAAGCAAAUUUUGUAGUGCUCUCUUGAGUAGCUAAUCAUGAUUGUCACAUUUGCGUGAUUGUAGCAUUUCGCUCCAGCAGCAUGAUAAAUGGUUGCUUCAUGGUUGGUGAGCAGGUAAAUAUUCUAAAAAACAAAGUUGUGAAAACUCAGAUAUGACCAAUCAUGCAUACCAAACAAGACCAAGGAUUGUUUCCAACAUUAUGCAAUUGUUACAGAAGUGAUGGUUUGUUUGGGUCAGAAUAUUAUAACAAAACUAUUGUUCUAAUAAGGCCUUAAACUGCUGUUUUCAAAAAAAGAAUUGAAAUCCACUGUCAAGCUUUCGCUGAUCAAUGGCAUCAUCAGUGAUGAUGCAGUUGAUCAGCGGCGGAACACUUAUUGUUGAUCGGCAGAGGAAAAGAAUAUUGUGUUGAUAUUAACUUUCCUCUUCCUGUACUUUUGUGGUUUUUGAAAAAGUCAAGAUAUCUUGUAAGGUGAAGGUGAUUGUUUUUAAAACAUUUACAUGUGAAAAAACAAUGGUUACUAUGGUAGUUGGAAUGAAAAAUAUCUUAACCAGCCUUAGUGUGCUUAGAAAUUUACAAAAUUAUUUCACAUUGUAAUUCCUAAGGGUUAAGUAAUUGCAAAUUUGCCAUAAAAAACAACAACAACAAAACAAAACAAAACAAAACAAAAAAACAGUUUUGUGGAACCUCUUUACAAAGGGCAUGCUGGUGGCAGAGACAAGAAGCUGUCGCAGAGAGCUGGCUGUUUUGGGGUGGAGGUGGGAUGCAACUUGAAACCAGUUUUGGGAAGAAAGGGAAGAGUGUUUGUACUAGUCUUUUUGAAAGCAAGCUUGUAGAAAUAUUGGCAUAUUGAUGUGUGACACCAUUAAACUAUAACUAAAUGAUUUGUUGGUGUUGAAUGGUUUUUUUUGCUGUAAAUAUAUAGCUAAAUUCUCAGAACAAAAAGAGAGGUCAGGAUGAAAUAAUUUUUUUUUAUGAGACCAGUUUUGUGCAGAAAGGGUUUAAGGUGUCUAACAUGAAAAAGCUUCUUUUAAGAAAGUGAGCUUUUAAAGUAUAAUAAAUAUUGAUCUGUAGCAUUAUCAAUUACUAUAACCAAAUGCACAUGAGUAGAUGGCAUUGCCGAUUACAAUAUUGAUUAUGUUAAGGUAAAGGAAAAAAAAGAAAAUAACAUUUAUCAUAGUAAAUAGUAACAAUAAUAAUAAUGGCUAUAAUUGCAUGGAAAAUGCUAACUAUAUUGUAGCUAUGUUUAAUGAUCUACUUUCACGUUUUUCGAAGGCCAGAAACAUAAAAUGUUUUCCUUGUAAAAACUUCUACAUUCUUGGCUAGUUCUUAUAAGUUUUGCAAUCAAUCUAUUGUUAUUUUUAGGCUGGACAAGUUGGAGUGAGUGCUCACAGAAGUGCCAUAUUGGUACAAGGACAAGAUCACGUACCAUUACUCAAGCUGCAACUUGGGGUGGUGACUGCCCGUUUCAACUGAGUCAGAUUGAAGUUUGUGGUUCAGUUAAUGGUGGCUGUCAGCAUAACUGUGAUCCUCACACUGGGCACUGCUCUUGUCUAGCAGGUUAUACUGCAUCAGGUACACUGAACACUAUUUACUAAGAUAUUGUGCUCGCAAGUUAAGUUUGUUAUUUAGUGCCCAUAUUAUUGAAAUUCAAUGAAAUAAUGAAUUUGAUUUUGUCAUGAGAACAAAUUGUGGGAAUUGAUACAGAAGGAACUGUUAUAGGUUGUUUUUCGACUUUUUCAACAGAUUGUUUUUAGAGUCUAGAAAGGCUUUUUUUCUUUUUAGAAUAUCAUCAUCACAUCUCAGGGCUAAAAUUUCUCUUGCAGUUCGACGUCAGAAGUGCCCCUUGUCCAGAGUCAUCUCUAUAAAAUAAUAAUAUUGGAGUCAUUUUUGAAAAUGUGGUUUCACUUCAUACUACAUACUUUAAUAUAAAAUGAAGUAUUAACUGAGGGGUCACUAAGAACUAUUGUCCAGAAAAGUUUAAAGAACUCUAUGCAGAAACAAAGAAAACAAACUGCAGUAGACAAACUUUAUUUCAGAGAGAAAUUUUGUAUCCCUUUGUAAACCAGGAUUCCAACAGUUUUAAGAAUUUUGUCUGGUGGAAAACAAAAUUCUGUAUUAGUGACCCUCAGUUGUGUCUUUUUGUGGGUAAAUAUUUCUGUGAUUAACCUUAUUAGUUACAGAAAUGUUACAGUCUUACCUCAAUAAAGCAGCCUCCUGUUAGCAGACUGAUAUGUCCAGAAUUGAACACUAACGAGAUGUUUGAUCUUUAUGAUAGCCAUGAUGAAGUGCCCUCAUUAGCAAAUGUUCACCAAAAUACUUAUACUUACUGACAGUACAACCCUGUCAAAUUUAACAUGUACACUAAACUGUGCCUGUUUUUUAAUUCGGGACGUAGUGCCUAUUAAAUUACAGGUUAUGAGUCUCUGAAGGCAAAUUUGUCAUUAAACCACUGUAAAGAGAACCUUCUGGCCUGAGAUAGGGCGGUGGCUUUAUAGAGGUUGGAUGGUAGUUGCAAUGUAGCCUCAGGGGAUUUGUUUUGAUUGAAGUACAGGCUAUAUCACUGUAGAUGAAACAAAGGAUAAAAAGCUAACACUGAGUCCUUGCCAUGAUAAAAAAACACAACUUAUUAACUAACUCUUGACAAACAUACAGACUGUACAACAUACAACCCUUUUGUGCAUGAGGUCAUUUAAACUGUCCAUGAAGAUGAGAACUGUCAAUCACGAGCAGGCUGAAAAGAAAUCUGAACCUUAAAGCAGAGACAAAGUUAAUGCAUCCUUCGUCUUUUUUGACUUCAGUUAGUAUCUCUAGUUGGCUAGACUUUUCACAGAUGCGAAUUUAUGGGUAUGUGUGUCAAGAUCCUUAGUACUUUGCAUUAUGGGCAGCCCUCUUAGUUUCAAUGUUCUGAGUCCAGCCUGGAGAUGAGCGUGAAACAUCUUGUCCCGUCAGUACAUUUGAAACCAAGAUGGCUACCCGUAACGCAAUGCACUAGAUCUUGAUGGUCUUACAAAAAAGGUAGGGUACUAUUGACAGUCUUCUAGUUGGCAAAUAUUGAUAUUAUAUAUGAAAGUGUAAAUAUUGAUAUUAUAUAUAUGAAAGUGUAGUUUUUUUCCUAUUUCCUUUAUUUAUAUAUAUAUAUAUAUUUUUUUCACAGGUACUAACUGCAAUGAUAUUAAUGAGUGCAAUCCAUCCCCUGGGCCUUGCAGUCACAUCUGUACAAACACUGUUGGUUCAUACAAGUGUGAGUGUCCUACUGGUUAUUAUCUGACUGGUGAUUCUCUUAACUGUGCUAAACAUGAUUGUGGCAGUCCAGCUACUAAGUUUCAUCCCUGUCCACCAAACUCUUACACUGACCACAUUUCUUCAGUUUGUGCCCAAGUGGCGACUAUGUGUCCAGGAGGAACAACCUAUGAUACACAGUGUUCCUUGAUCUGCCCUACAAACUACACACUUUCAAAGAUUACAGCUCAGCCAAAUGUGGAAUUUGGAAAGACUUACAGCAGUGUUGACUUCCUGUCAGUGUCAUCAUCAAUCAUUUGCCGUAAGACGCUCACCUGGCAGUCAGACAAUGUCUGGGAUGUACCAGACAGUCAACUUAGUGAUUAUUACUGUCGACGAUCAAAUGAUCCGCCUUUAAGCUUGACCCUGAAUGGUUCUACUCUUAUUGAACACAUGCCUGUGGGUACCACGAUAGGGACUCUGUCUUCUCAAGAUGCACAACAAGGACAAACGUUUAUGUACACAGUGCAGCGGCCAAGCUCUCUCGUGAUAGCCCAAGGAGAUAAAUUAGUCAACAUAUGGGAUAAUCCCAGACUGAAUGGAAAUAUCUCGUUGGAUAAUGGCAAGCUGUUAGUGACUGUAAGAACUACGGAUAAUGGUAAUCCACCCAUGUGGUUGCAGAAGACAUUUGCUAUUACAAUUUCUGAUGUUAACGACCCUCCAGAACAGUUGACGUUGUCCAAUUCUGUGGUUUAUGAAAACGCAACUGUAGGAAUGAUAGUUGGUGAAUUAUUGGCUAUUGAUGGGGACGAUCCUCCCAACACGGCACCUCACUCUAACUUUAAGUGGGAGUUGCUUGAUAACAAUGGUGGUAAAUUUGCUAUCAGUGGCAAUAAAGUCACUGUUGCUAUGGAUAUGUCUGGUGAGGCUCAAAAAAUGCACAUGAUAACCAUCAAAUGCUCAGAUUUUGGGAACCCUGUGCAGUUUAAGACCGAAAACUUCGUAAUAGACGUUUUGAAUAUAAAUGAUGCGCCCACUUCACUGCGUCUUAUAGGCUCCACUGUUCAUGAAAUGGCACCUAUUGGAACCGUUGUUGGACAGCUUGUUGUAACAGAGAAAGACGGUGAUGAUGUGUCCUUUGAUAUCAGCCAAUCAGAUGCUGACACACUCAGUAAAUUUCAACUUGAAAGGACUCUAUGUGUAGGUCCUGGACAUGAGUAUGAAUGCAAAGUUAAUGUGACACUCAGUGCUGCUCUGGAUUACGAGACAAAAGCGUGGCACAGGUUGAAUGUACAUGUUAACGAUUCACAAUCUCAGGCAUUUAAACAUUUUAACAUUGAAAUUAUAAAUGACAAUGAGGCCCCGACAGCUGUUAAUCUGACAGGAUCUCACUAUGUGAUGGAAAACUCUGUUGCUGGAACUGUUGUUGGUCAAUUUGUGGUAGGUACAUGUAUGCUAUUAUUUUUCAGUUAACAUGCAUUGGAUUUUAAUUUAUACACUGUACACCGUACAUGUAAAAGAUAGCCAAGAGGGCCAGUACACUGCAGGGCUUUUGUUAGCUAUAACCUUCUCAUGAAUAAAUGAGUUAGUUUCAAAAACAAAUUGUGAUGUUGUGUUGGUGGGGGGUAGCUUAAGUGAAAAAAAAACUUUUAAUGUUUUUUAAUCUGAGUUCUUAAUGUAGUAAAUUUACCACUGACAAUGUGAAGACAGUUGAAAGCUGACUUUUGAAGCACUGACAGUUGUCAUACUCUUCAGAUGAGUUGAGGAUGAGGAGGGGGUUAGUUCUUGAAACAUAAGCUUUUGAGUCUCUUUAUGCUCAUUAUAACUUCAUUUAAAAGAAACUCAUUCCCUUAAACUAAAAUUUUGAUAUAACAGUCUCAUGUUCGUGAAGUUAGGGGCAAAUGAAAUGAUAAUAGUUAUUGUCUCCGGAAUAGUUUUCCUGAAGAUGAUAUCAUGGCUUUUUCUUCUAUGAUGGCUACAGGCUGUGAAGAAAAAAGCCAUCUUUUUUAAACUUCCCACAUUGUGUUUUGUUCAAUUGGUCAAUUAUUGGAAAGGAAAGUGUAAAAAUGUAGAGGUGACCAAUCAUUUAACAGAUUAGUCUGCAAUGUGCAGGCAACGGCAAUGCAUGCAAUAGCCUGCCUUGGAGACAUAAUCCAAACUGGUGAAUAAUGUCUGUGAAGCAGCACUAAGAUCCUUGUUCUGGGCCAGCCACCUACCGACUCUUCAAAUAAUUUUAGUGAAAGUAUGUAUUGAAUUUCCUUUCAGCCUGAUGGCAAAUUGACAAUGGCUCUUUUAACAUGCAUGCCAGUCGUGGCACUUACUCAAAUCUUGUUACACAGGUGGGGGCAGACCCAGAACAAGGAUUUCACAGACUGACUUAACCAGCAUCCAUUUUCGUCUGUGGCGCAGGCUAUCCAUGCGAAAGCUUCAAAUCCUGCUUCAAAUCCUGCUAUAUGCCAAUGACUUCCUUCCUCAGCAUGCAUGUUCAAUGACUUAUGUGACAUGAAAUGGCAAAAUUCCCAGUUAAGAUGAGCGUAAUUAAUUGCAGUGUAGUGUGAAAGCUGUCAUACUAGGUUAUGUAGCACCUGUUGCCCUUGUUCGUAGAGCAGAGCCUUCUGCAUGGGUUCUCAAUAGAGCUUGGAACAGUUGUUUCUCUGCUACUUUUAGCUCUACCAUUGAAGGACAUGGCCUGGCCGGAGUAAGGAAACAUAAUUUUUUUUACAAAAUAAUUUUUUUAGAUGAUUGUCUUGGAUUACAAUGAAUUCAACAAGUUUUCCAAAAUCACAAUAGCCCCAGUCUUAAAAAAUACAGUUAAAGUAUAUUCAAUUCAAUUCAAUUCUCAUUGGACAGUAUUAUUUUUAAAAUUCUUUUAGUGUUACCAUGAAUAAGUUUGAACCACAGCCUCUUGUUUGCCAUCAUAGAAAUAUGAACCCCCAUUUUCAACAGCUCUUAUAGCAUCUGAAACUAUUGUUUCCCUCCACUCUAAACACCAAUCCCCCUUAGGUAUAAUGAAUGAGCAAUCCCUUAGGCUUUGUUCAGAUACUGUAUCUUUUUGCAUGUUCAAAACGUAAUUGUACAAGAAAAUGAUGCAUAAUUGAAAUUGCUAAAACCAAAACAACUUUUUAUGCAGGUUCACAGCAUUAAGAUGGCAGGCAGUGGCUUAAAUUGUUUAUAUUCCUUAAUAAUUUGUCACAAUUGGUCUGCUUUUUUUCUUUGUGGCUUUUGCGGGCAUGUUUGGAAUUAUGACAUCCACGAGAGGCCCGGGCUCAAAUGUUGUGAAUUCAAUAUGGCAGCCGUGUUUUGAGUUUGGAAACGUAGUGAUUGUUUAGUUUUUUUUUUUUUUUGAUAGGCUAUACUUAACAAGACCAUAGAAAGGUAUACUGCAAAAGCAACUAAAGUUAAAACUUCAUGCAACCUGGCAUAAUUAUGAUGACAGUCUAUCAUCUGUUAAAAGCUCUUUUACAGCCAUAACACUUACCCUAGUAGCAUCGCUGUGCUAACAGGCAUAACUGGUUACAGGUUCUAAAUAAUGCUGUAUUGUCUCUCCUAACAUCGCACAAUUUCCCUAACCUAUGUAGGUGACUGAUCCAGAUAAUGCAAAAUCACCUUCACAUCAAACACAUACAUGUGUGUUUGAUGCCAGUCAGGCUAGCGGCCAACACUAUUUCAUCAUCACUACUCAACUGGUGUUAAAGGUACAAGGAGCUCAACAAAUUGAUUAUGAGAGGAUUAAAAAUCUGACUUUCUCAGUGACCUGUACGGACAGUGGACAUCCUCCUCUUUCAUUGUCAAGUGACUUUUUCAUUUUAGUGAAGGGUAAGUCAUAUGAAUAUUUAAAUGUACAUGAAUUUAAUAUCUGCUUAUAAGCAAUAAUAAAAGGGAGAUGUAGAGUCAUGUUUGUGGCAAAUGGCAAACUUGAGAUGCAAGUUGAGAAUUUUUUUAAUCUAGGAAAAGAGCAGAUAAAAACUGUACAAAAAACUGGUAAAACUGACAAAUGAACAUAAUGCAAAACAACUUACUCCUGUACAUGUGUACAUGUAGUUGAUACUGAAUGGCAAUAUAGACAAGUAAACAGAAAACUUGGUCACUUGUUACAAUAAAUUUAUAUGACUUUUGUGGUUUGCCAUAAACGUGAUUCUAAAUCUCUCUAAUAAGUAUUAUGGUGUUUCCUUGAAUGAAAGACAUUCCUCAAUGAAUGCCCGACCCCACCUUGAAUAAUAAUCUCCCUUUGGUAGAAAAAUAUAAAGUAUGGUUUAAUCACCUUCCUAAGGUUACCAGAUAACUUUAGGGGUGUCUCACGCGCAAGAAAUGUUGCACAUUCCGGUUAAACUGCGGAUACCUAAAACCCACAUCAAAUUAAAGGUUAUUAAACUCAGGCUUUCUUGUUAAACCCACAGUUUUUUGAAAAAAACGCACUGUCGAUUUUUUUAGGAUUUUCUAAUGCGAACUUCUGAAUCAGCUUUUAAAAGCUAAAACUCAUGGCAAUGUUUCUUUUUCAUUAAGUUGAUUUGUCCAAGUCUUUUUGAAGUCAAAGCCCUUAAAAAAACGUAUCGGGGUUUUCCCAUUUUUGAUGGUGUUACAGAACAAAUUGGAAAUGGCACUAAAAUAAGGUGGGUGAUCGUACGAAAAUGCCUGUGAAAAAAGUUUUAAGAAACAAAAAAAUUCCUCGACACGUUUUUGUUGCUUUCACAUUAAUGUAACAAUCCUUAAAAAUUCUAGGUCAAUCGAACAAAUUCUCUUGGAGUUAUAGCUUUUUAAAGGGUCCCCUCUGAGGUGAAAAUAUACCGGUACUUGUAAGUCGAGAAAAAGGCAAUAUAAAAAAGUUCCUCACUUCGAAACAAACAAAUUCCGCCCACAAAUACUUCUCUGGAAUUUGGGCCAAUCAGCACUUGGAUAAGAUAAUAAUUAUCCGUUUAAUUUUCGUGCACGUUUUAUUUUCAAACAACUUCUCUUUUGGACUUUCGUGCCACGUUUACAUUGCAAUCAAUAGUGAAAUCGACUUUUUUUUCAAGGCUGUGGAAAUGUAAGACCACAAAUCCAGCCACCGCUUGGUCAAAAACCAAACCAGCCAGUUGAGGGAAAAGAAAAUUAAAGAUAGUUCGGUGGCUUCCACUGAGCUGACUAUUAACAUACUGUAGAGAUAUAAAGGAUGAUAUAAUUUUUAAAGCGAUGCAACUGAUUGGGUAACCGGUAGUUUUCUUUUGUCUUAGGUCUAUUUUAGCUUAAGUUUUUCUUUUGCUACAUUGGCAAGUAACUGAGACAAUUAAUUAGCAAUUAAUGAAUGAGGCUGAGUAGGAUAUGAAGAAUUAAGCAGAUCGAAGAGGGUGUUAUCCACUGAGGGCGAUGUUUACUCUUUUCCAUUUUUUCUUUCUUUUUUGUAAAGAUCCCACUAAAACCUUUACCAUGAGCCAAAAAUUGAAAUUUCAAUGAAAUUUUUCAUCUGAAGGUAUCUGGUAACCUCAAUUAAAUAAUCCUACCCACCCGCCCCUUCACAAUUUCUCACUGCUGUUUACACUAGUCCAUUUCUAGAUACAACUGUACCUAGAAUAUAAUAAUGAAUUUGAAGUUUACCUAUCAGCACUGAAAACUAGUUUUAGAAUCCUCAGUGUUCAGUUCAUUUGAUGUGAUUGUUUCUUACUAUAAAAUGAGAUAUUAAAACAAAAUUUCCAGGGAGGAAAUUGAACUCUCUGGAACAAGAUUGAUGUUUUCCUUGAGAAUUGCAGGAUUUGCUCAGUUGGUAGAGCACUUGACUGCAGAGUGGGAGGUCACAGGUUCGUUUCCGGGGACCUGGCCAAUACUCAGGGUCUUAAAAUAACUGAGAAAUGAAGGUUUUGUCUCUACCGAACAAACAGCCACUAUCUCGUCAAAUUUGUUGAAACACUUGUCAUGUUACAUUUCCCCCAAUGUUGGUUCACCUAUCACCCAUUUGCAAAUGUACAUGAAUCUCACCAUUGGGGAAGGAGAGAAGAAGUACAUACAGGGAAAAGUUAGAUAAGUUGGUUGAGAAGGUGUGGCAUGAAAAAUCCUAAGUUUUAGCCUAGUGUAUCAAUGAAAUUUGAUGAGUAUUGUAGACCUUUGUAUUGCUCAGAUGACAACGUAAAAUGGCGGUUCCAUAUGUAGUUGGAGACAUAAGAAAUAGUGUCCCCAAUAAUAUUAGUACGUCAGUGUUAUAUACUUUGACACUCAAAUUACUUCCUUUAGAUGUCAAUGAGCCCCCUGUCAACCUGACAUUAUCGAGUAUGACUGUAGAUGAGAACUCUCCCCUGGGUACCCCUGUGGGAUUGCUUUCAUCAGAUGAUCCAGACGGCCCAGAUGAUCUACACACCUAUAGCAUUGUUGGUCCUAUCAGUGCGCCAUUCAGCAUCGGUGGAAUGAACAAUAGAACACUUUUAGUGAAUGGUAAUUUGGAUCAUGAAACAGAUCCAACUGUUUUAGUCAUCGUCAGAGUUACAGAUACAGGAGGGCUUUCUACACAAAAAACUUUCAAAAUCACAGUAAAUGGUAAGUAAUGUAUUGCACAGAUGCUUAACUGUGGUUUUAAGUGUAAUUUUUUGUAGCUGAAAAAGAAGAAACAAAACAUGCCAUACACUGGAGAGUAAUAAUGCCAAGGUUGUGAAUUUACAUGUCUGAAUUUGGUAGUUGUAGAUUUCAGAUUCAUCCUACAUGUGUAACGAGCAAGAUUUGUCCUGUUUCUACAAUUAAGUUUUUCAUAAAUUUAUGUUUCAUUUAGAUGUGAAUGACCCUCCCAGCAACCUAACACUUUCUACACCAGUCUUAGAGGAAAACAGUGCAGAGCGAGUUCUUAUCAGCCCCAUUAUCCUUACUGAUCAAGAUGGAGACUUACCAUCCUGCAUGCUUUUGAACAGUGCAGGAGGGCGUGUCAAAGUUAUCGGUACUAAUCUGGUUGUAGGAUCAACUGUGACAGACUAUGAAUCACUUACACCACCUCAACAGUUCACAAUAACAUUAAACUGCUCUGAUCAGCAUGGCAGGUUUAUCUGGAAGUCAUUUGUCAUUGCUGUUACAAGUAAGUGAAUUGGAAAUUAAAUAAAUAAUAAAUAACUAAAUAAAGGUUUAGAGGCAGCACAUCCACAGAGUGGUUCUUCGUCCACCUUUCCUGAUCAAAUUGGAAUUUGGAAAUGUUGCUUUUUGUGGAGUUGGGAAAACCGGAGUACCAGGAGAAAAACUGCUCAGAGCAAGGGAGAAAACCAACAACAAAUUCAACCCACAAAUGUCAUCGACACUGAGGGUAAGUUUUGGACGGGUAGGGGAGGAUUCUAAUCACAGAAGAGCUUUGAUCAAUCCUGCUCAUAAAAAAAUUGGGAGGGGGGCGGGGUAGUUAAAAAGACUCUUGGGCUUGUGUGUUCUAGCUACGCCUGGCCCAAAUUGCAAUAAAAGCUGUAAAAUUGACUUUGUUUGCUCCCUGCUUUAAUGACAUGUUUUUUAUUUUUCAGAUGUUAAUGAGCCACCAACAGAAGUCAAGUUGAGUGCAGCAUCUGUUGAUGAGAAUGCUGCAGAUACAGUGGUUGGACAAGUUACAGUUUCAGAUCCAGAUAAAGGGCAAAGUCAUUAUUGCACUGUGCAUGAACUGAUUGUUGAUUCUGUGACGAGUACUGAAAGACUUGUUGCUAGCGAGUUCUUUACUGUGGAUAAUGCAUUAAAGCUCAGAACACUUAAGGGCUUGAACUUUGAAGUACAACGCAGCAUUGAUAUUGUUGUCAACUGUAGUGAUAGACUUUUGUCAAAGUCAGACUUGUUUUCUGUCACAGUCAAUGGUAAGUAAGAGGAGAACACAGUACAUUGCUCACUACAGAUGGGGGGGUUGGGUGGCAAAGUUAGGAAAAUCAAGUUUACUGACCCAGGAUAUUAAUUUUCUGAAGAACUAGCCCAAGAUUUGGUUAAUGACUAAAAGGGUAUUAACAAAUGUCUCAAAUGAAAACACACUCACUGCUGGUACCCCUAAAAGUUUAGCCUACACUAGACAGGCGAGUUUAACUUUUUGUACAUUUUCAUAACUAAACAUACUUUUUUGAAAACUUUGUGCUGUUCAGGUUUCCCAGCAUAGAACUUAUUUAUCAGCGUGCAAAGAAAAUAUUCAGUUUUACAGCUUGCCAGUCUGGCAACUGUAGCUAUCAUAAUACAAUCCUAAAUGUCAUUUCAACUGGCGCCAAAAAAAAAACUGAUUAGUGUUUAUUACAGUUCUUCUGAAAUUUUUGAAUUCUCGAAAAAUAACUUCACUUUCCCGUAGGGCAGGUCAGAAUUCAUCAGCCUAAUAGCAAAAUCCACUCGCCCUUCGCUAUCAGACACGUUUUUUAUUGCUUCCUUUUUAAUUUCCUGUACCAGACACCUUACAUGCAUAAUUUUCGUUUUUUUUUACUGUUCUCCUUACUAAUGCAUGGUGUUGGAGGAAGUACUCUUCCUCUCCUGCUUUAAUGAGCAAUACUCUCCAUGCCUUACAGUAAAUAUUUUUAACUUAACCCCACUAAUGGGUCACUAAGUGACCAGCUGAUUAUUUUAUGGGUACAGCCGUAGUUAAUUAAAGUAGAAUGGUUGGGAAACCCUUAGUUAUAGGUUUUUGUUAGCUUUUUUAGACCUGACCGUGCACAACGUUCAGUAGCAUACCUAGCCUGCAAAAACAUCCGUUUCUCCUCGCUCUUCGCCGCCGGGGACGUUUGGCGAGGAGGAACGUGACGUUCUUCCGCGCGAAACGUCCCCAUCGGCGAAGAGCGAGGAGAAACGGAUGUUUUCGCAGGCUAUAGCAUUCCUAUCAUUUUGAAGUUAUUGACCGAUAGAAACAUUGCAUUAAUUUAUUCAGUUAUGAUUUGUGAAUAGAAAACAAAGGGUUGUGCACGGUCCGGGAGCUUCCAACAUAACCUACAGUACCAUUGUUUUCACCUUUGAUUUUUGCCGGGUUUCCUAACCAGUCUCCUCUACUAUGAUACAACCAUGUUUCUCUUACCCUUUUUUUCAGAUGUCAAUGAGAUCCCAUCCGGUUUGUGUAAUGUCCCCAUCAUGGUGGGUCUCAAGACGUCCGUCGGUGCUGUGAUUGCAGAGUUAAAUGGCAAAGAUCCCGAUAAUGAAAAUGUGAUAACUGAUCACCAGGCUAAUCAAACUGUGAUAUUUAGGAAUAAACAGCAGUUGUUUUACUCCAUGAGUCCGGUGCAGAAUUCCUGGCCUUUUGGAAUCAGAGAUGACAGUCUUUUUAAGAGCGGGGUAAUUUUUCCAAUUUUUGUUUUGUAUUCAUUAAUUUCUUUAAUAUCUCUUUCUGGCCUUGUGCUGUUUUCUUCCAUGAGAACCUUUGUUCUCUUUGUUCGAUUUUGUCUGUCUCACUUAGAGAUUGUUAAUUGGCCUGCGAAAAUAGCCGCCUCUUCUCGCUCCUCGCCGCUCGUGGCGUUUUGCCAGAAGCGUCCCUAGCGGUCCUAGCACCGAGAGGAGAUGAGAGGCAUUUAUUGGUAAUUAUGGUUGCUUCCAUCUACGGCAUUAAUCGAGUAAAUACGGUAUCAUGUCAGUCGGUGGUACAUGUAAUUUAUUUUUUCUUUGAAAUGUGUUCAUUUUUCAGGUUAUAACCCAGCCCCAGAACAUCACAAUUAGUGUACAAGUCAAGGAUGAUGGGGUGAUUGUUGGGCGUGGUUAUCAGUAUAUCCUUAGCACCCCCCUGUCUGCUGUUUUUAAUUGCACUAUUGUUGUAUCAGGUAUGGAUAACCAAGGUGCUGUACAUACUGUAACAUAAGGACUGGAAUUCUUCUCAUAGCAGUCUGUUCCCUAGUUUCAGGGCUGCAAAUAACGGCCGGUCAACGGACAAUGUCCGGCCUCAUCGCGGACUUGACCGGUCAAACUCCGGUCUUGCCGGUCAUUUUGACCGGUCAUUUUUGGAUACAAACACUUUAUUUUCCAUACAGUUGUCGCUUAAUGCUCUAUAACGCUGCAAUGAUUUCUUUUUUCUUUGGCGUUUUUUGCUGCUUUGCACUAAAUCCUUCUAAGAAAAAGAACGCCGCAAUAAAUUAAUUUCAUGUCGUCAUGUCGUAAUAUUAAAUAAACGCAACAAAGUGAAUAACAAACUGAGCUGGAAAGUAAUGCAACGUUGCAAGUCGUACUGUACUUUCGGCUUUGCUGUAAUCAGCAAUGUGACCUUCUUUGGGAAUUCGAAGGAAUUCAGGCAUACAGGUCGUCCUGUGUUUCUCCGGGAAUAAAUGUUAGCGCAUCGAUUAAUAAUAAUUUCUUUUAUGUCGAACAUGAAUCUCGUUUGCAGACUCGAUUCCAGAAUGGUCUGAUAAAAAUUUAAGCUACUCAAGAGGGAAGGUCGUCGUCUAUCGCGGCGCUAGAUUCUCGUUCUUGUAAACAACUUUAUGCAAAUUUCUGUUGACAUUUGAGCCCUUCGCGAUAAAAUGUUGCGAGAUGACCCAAAUUUAUUUAUUGACUUCUGAUCAUCAACACGCUGUUUGUGGAACAAACUUCUCGCCAAUGCAAAUCAACUUCUUUGCCGAAAAUAUCAGCGACGAUUCUUCUUUGAGGAAGUGACUUUCGAUCACGUGCCAGGCAAGGAAAAAGAUCAAGUUUCACCGAUGUUUAUUUCGGAACAUCAACGUGAAACAAGCGUGUGCAGAUUUUGUAAAAUAACCCAAUUUUUUUGGGUUUUUUUCGUAAUUUCUAAAGUUUGCUGAACUGUAUGUGUAUUCCGUUUCCUGAACCUUGGGAGUUUGGAAAGGAUUUACGCUUCACUUUUUACCCCUGGACACCGCCGUGCAAUGAUACUCAAGGUAGAACGUAACAUUAAAACGCGCGAAAACCGCGGAAAGGAACUCUACAACGUGCGAAUGCAUUUUUCACCAAUUUGCUGUCAAAAAUGUGAACGUGAAUGUAGUAAUAACGAUCUAUUGCCAGCAUAAUUGGAUAUUCCUUAGGCAAAAAAAAUUAUUAGUAUUCAUUAUUUGACCGGCCAGAAUCGGGGUUUGUCCGGGCUAAAAAAUAAUUGGCCGGUCAUCAUGACCGGCAACCUGCUGUCCGUUAUUUGCAGCCCUGAGUUUCCUUCGCGACCGCUCGGGCCGGAGUCACGCAACGCUUGAGGGCGUGACUCCCUAAACCAAAAAGUAAAUAAACUCGACCGACAGUAAAUGGCGAGUUAUUCACGUGGCUCAGAUGACCAUGUAGAAAUGAGGUAGAACAAUGACAAAGCACAAGAACAAUUAUUGGAAAACAGUCAAUCCAAUCCAUAGCUGUUGACCUCUGGAAAAAUCUUCUCCAUCAUUUGAAAGACCUCCCAAAUCUCUUCUUCCAACGCUUACUAAAAUAACAUCUAUUGAUUAGACAAUUUGAAAGUUGACCAUAUUCGUUCUUCUUUUUUAGGAUUAUAGUGUGUGUGUGUGUGUUAUUUAUUUACUUUUUUUCUUUCUUUGCUACUAUUUUACAUGUCACUACUGUAUUAAAAAUAUCUUUUUAUAGCUAGGCGCUAGCACGAAUACGUUUUUUAAUGUAGCUUCUAGAUAUCCUUGUUAACAUAAUACAUAAUUUUUUUGUGUAACAAUUUCUUCUUUUCUUUCCUAUUGGAAAAUGUAAAAUUCUCUAUUUGGAUGUAAUAAUAAAGGUUGUUUAGUUGUCAGUGUGCCGAGUUAGUACUUUCGGGUUAAAUACAUUCACAGUUAUUAAAAAGGCGUUGACUUUCUUUAUCUCUUGAAAACUAUACAGCAGAGUACCAGCCAUUGGGUAUCCUACUUGACUCAAGCAACGUGUCCGUCACGGCUGACAGUGGCGCAGUGGUCGGCAGUUUAACAACAGUUACCAAGAAUGCUGGAGAAACAUUCACCUAUCAGCUGCUAGAGGAAAGAUCCCUUCCUUUUCGUAUCCAAGGCAACAAGCUUCUUGUUGCUAGGAAGGAUGGUUUGGAGUUUCAAGUUUCCAGCUCUGGGGAGCCAUUGAUCGCUGUUUCUAUAAUCAGUAGAGGCAACAUGUCUAAUCCCCUCAGAGAGACUUUCUUUAUAAGAAUUGUUGGUAAGAAUAUAAGCAUGUUUGUUUCCUUUUUAAAGGUAUUAUCGUGAGUUAGGGCCUCUUCACAUGAGCCCGGUUUCUGAGAUCUCGCCUUACCUCUAAAUCCUUUGUAAAAUUUUCGAUGUGUUCAUAUGAGAGGGCUAGCCUGCGUAGCUGGCGGUAUUGUGUGGGUGCGAGAUUAAAGUUUUGGCGGUAGAGCCGUGUUCCAAAAAAAGGGAGUAGGGACGAGGCGAAUUUGAGAAAGUCUAGUAAUCCACCACCUCGCACCUUUCAAGUCAAAGCCUUACUAUCAGAACAUCUCUCGUGAAACGACCACCUCCUGUGAGCGACUGCGACCGCAUUUCGGGGCUGACGGUGUAAUAAAUUUGCAUUGUUUUCAACUUCUUGUAAGCGAAGACUUGACGCAUGGUCUUAUCUCUAUAUUUUCUGUGUGUAGCAUGCCCGGGGGGGGUACUCCCUAAUAUGGGCUAUAUAGGUAUGUGCGGCCCCAAAGGGUAGGAUUUUUCAGCCGUUUUGGUCAUAAAUUGGGUAUCGAUUUUGCCUAUUUUGCCGCCAUUUUGGUCAUAAAUAGGGUAACGAUUUUUACACUGUAGUCUUGAAUGCACUUUUUUGGAAGAAGCUACUUCCUUAUCAUGUCCCCCUAGCCUAAUAAAGCAGAUAAACAUUGCCUUUAACAUUGGUCUGAACUAGGGAAAUAAUUAUAAGGCAGGUCUGAAACAGGGUAUUGAUUUAAGGGUCAGGUCAUAAAUAGGGUAUCAAAUUUGUGGUUUGGUCAUAAAUAGGGUAGGGAAAAUCGCAGAUUUUGGUCAUAAAUAGGGUAAGGGUUUUGGGAAGCGGGCCGCACACCCCUACCCAAUUUUUCUGCCAGUACCCCCCCCUCCCCCCCCGGGGUAGCAUGCCACGAAGAACUUGAUCAACAACAUGGAACUGGACAUAGUCAAUCCUAACAGACACGAUCGUAAACGAACAGCUCUACUUACGGUUGCCUUCACAAAACCCCGUUCAUUGUCUCAACUCCCAUACAAACUCUGUAUUUGUACAUUUCCGUAUGCGGCCAGCGCCAGUUACGGACACCUUUUUCGAGUCCCGAGGGAGUUGACAAAAACAAGGGUUUUGUGAAGAGAUAUCAGUAAGUAGAGCUGUCCGUUUACGAAAGUGUCAUUUAGGAGAACUUCCACUGUAACUUAAAAAAUUGCAUUCUAUUAAUGCUCGGCCAAAAAGUAGAUGUGUGGGAACCUCUUUUCGGAAGAGACCCCAAUUAGACUACGAGCAGUCUCUCUUUUUUCUUGGUCCGUCGAGCAAAACGCCCGAGACACGCAAAUGACCACGCGCGUGACUGAAGGCGCGAGACGGGAGAGGCACGACGCGCGCGUGCACUCCCCUUAGUAAAUCUGAAGAGAAAGAGAUACUGCUCGCGGUCUAACCCCUAGUGGUUCUUUUCUCGUAAGCGACCACUGAAUCUUCGCAUUUUGGUUGGUCGCUUACGGAAGGUUAGACUGUAGUAAGUUUGUGAUAUUAUCGAUCAACCUUUACUAAGUCUUUAAUUUGAGAUAAUCACGAGAUAGUGGUGUAUCAACCGCUUAUUUAUCUUUAAACUUCCAAAACGCUUUAAGAGUUUCAUUUCAUGGUGCUUGCAUAAUUUAUAGAGAGAAUCGUUUCGGAAUAUCCACUAAAUUAUGCUUCCUAAUUUUGUUUCCCUUUUGAACGUCCUGUGUAAACGUGCGGAUAAAAAUCAAGAAUUGUGUGGCUUUUUUGUCUGGCUUACAUAUUUACCUCGUUUUCAGUCCGCGCAAGCUUUUGCUUUAUUUUUGCGUUGCCUUAAAACCAUAUGAAUCUGUAUAUUGAUCUUAUUUUUGAUUACCAGUAGAUAAAAGUUGUUUAUUUUGCUUUUAGAUGACCGACCUCGUCCUGUCAACAUCUGUUUGUCUCCUCACAUCGUCAAUGAAAACCAGCCUGCGGGCACUGUCAUAGGCCAGGUGAUCAUUGAUGACUCAUCGUCACCAAUAUUGACCUGUAGUAAGCAGCAUUGUUGUCCUGAUAAUGGGAGGCAUUUUCAUUACGAAUGCAAUAUUGAUAACCCUGAAGAGAAUGCGAUUCUUCCCGAUCUCUAUAAGAAUGUUACCGCUUUGUUUCUGCUGGAUGAGGGGUUCCGUCUUCGCACGAGAGUCAAACUUAAUUACAGUGACUUCGCCAAUUCUAAUGGCAGUGUGGAUAUUCAAGUGAGCUGUCAAGAUACCAGGCAUCCACUGCAUUUUAUUGGCAGUUCUGUUCGGGUUACUGUUGCAGGUAAGCGCGGCCAAAAUCAUCAUCUCCCUAAAGGGUCUUAUGUCAACAUUUUAGAUAAAAGACGAAUAGUACCAUGGGAAAGUACUGUUGAAGAGGUUUUAUUUGAGUGAUAACACUAUAGGAUUUCAUCUCAGUACAGUCAAGACUCCACAAUUGGAACUACAUACUAAAUAAAUAAUACCAAGUGAAAGUACUGCUGAGGAGGUUUCAUUUGAAUGGUCACACCAUAGGAUUCAUCCACAGACUCAAAAGAUAGAAAUACACCUCACAAUAAUCAAAUAGCUCCGUUUGAAAGUACUGCUGUCCAUUUCUGGGAGUUGUGCUUCUAGCUUAGUUAAGAGCUGGUUGACUGUAAUCUUUCCGUUUCCGCCCUUUGUAGAUUGUCAUAACAAUGUCUGUUCAGAAAUCACCGCGUGUCCAGUCUGUCAGAAUGGUGGCAGCUGUCAAGAUGUGAUUGAUGGCUACAGCUGCCAAUGCAUGCCGGGAUUUACUGGUCGUCAUUGUCAGACGAACAUAGAUGAAUGUCAAGGAGUGAAGUGUUUGGUAAGUCACAUGUUUUUUUCCAGUUAAUUCUUUAGAAAAGUCUGCGCAUAUGGAGGCAUAAAUUGGCCACAUAUCGGAGGAGUAUGACGGGUACUCUGGUUUUCCCUUCUACUUAAAAACCAACUCUUGUUAAUUCCAUUUUGAUGUAGAACAUGUAUUCACACGCGUUGUGAGUACAUAAAUGCUGUCCACACACCAGUUAAUAGAGGGCUUUAAAGUUGAGAACGAAUACGAGUACGAGAAUUGUGCGUGUUCUCAAAAAAUAAAAGACACCCAGGAAAGCUUCUCUUUACCCUUUUUCACCAAAAAAGUUAGUACGGUUAUUUCUACUGAAGGAUGUUAAGCCCUCUCCCGAUAGCAAAAUGAUAAAACUUCUUACAUUUGAUAACUUGUUUCCGCCACUACGCCGGACAUUCUUGCCAAAACUCGUAGUAGAAUGACGACGGCUAUCACAUUUUCCCGCCAAAAUGACGUUGGAGCAAUACUCAGCAUUGAGAACAUCUCGUACUCGUAGUCUUACUCAUCUUAGUAUCUAAAUCUCUCUAAUAUCAGUGAAGAAAAAUACCCUUGAUCAUGCUCGUCAUUGAGCAAACAAUGCCUAAUAAAUUUGCCUUCCGAUAACUGGUGUUCUUUUUUUCUAAAAAUAUAAACAGAAUGGAGGAUCAUGUGAGGAUGGAAUCGCUUCGUUUAAGUGUAAAUGUGCUGCCGGAUUCUCUGGAGAAUUGUGUGAGCGGAGCCCGUCACUUUGUGCCGAAUGUACCAAAGACACUAUGUGCGUGACAUUCACUGAAGCAGCCGUCAGGUAGGACAUCUGCGCCCAACACGGGAAAAGAAAUUCCCAUUAUUUGCUUUGUUUGAUGAAGCCUUGUUUCUACGUGAUCUUAGAAUAUUAGGACCCGCAUCAGACGAUUAAGGCGAACUCGAUAGGGACGGCGACGCUUUCGAAAACGUCUCUUAAAAAGUGGUAUCGCGUUGCUUCAAACUUUAUUCGCGCUUAUUCCAUCUCGUUCAAUCCAUCAAAUUUUGGCAAAUGUUUUCUGGAGUUGAUUUCUUAAGACUGUAUCGAGGUUCAGGAAAAGAAAAAGAAAGACGUUUUCUUGUGCUCAUGUCCUGCACAAAACGGGAAAUUAGCUAGGCACUUUUGCGUCGUAGUCGUGCAGUGACGGCAAAGAAAUGUACAAAAAAGCGUGAUGCACGUGCAACGUUGUUGCUUUGCUGAUUAAACCUAGUGCUUUUCGUUCCCGUUGCCGUCGCCGUUGCCGGUUCAAGCUCCUGUUGACUAUAUUCGGCAUUCAUUAAAUGAUUUACAUCUUGGUUUGAUUUGCAGGUGUUUAGGGACACAGUAUCAGAUUCCAAUUCUUUUGAGCGAGACAGAGAUCUCUGAAAAGAGAAAGGUUGAGCUGGAAGAAGACCUAGGAAAACUAUUGGAUUCAAAAACAAAUGACGCUGAAGCAGGUAACGUAAGCGGGUGAUUUUUAAGUUAUACGGCGAGGCUGGGUGAAUCUGAUGCACUAGUAACGUUGUACUUUACUUUUUACCGUAAACUGUCGCUUAUAAGCACUCAAUCCCAGCUAGAGUCCAAUUUACCUGUAACCCAAAAAAUACAUCCGAUUAUAACUGUGCCCGGAUAUAACCCCCCACCACCCCCUCUACCUUGUAUUGAACUGAAUUCAAUUUGUUACGCCGUUUUGAAGCUUAUUAAAAACCAGUAACUGCAAAGCAGUACUGCUAUAGCUUGUUUCGAAGCGUUUUUUCUAUUCCGUUUAUGAGCCAGUUCAGAUUUAAGCCCCUCCGUUUAUAAGCCCUCAUGAAACCCUUUUCCCGGCGAAGCACAUCGAUUAUAAACGGCAGUUGACGGUGUACGUUGUUUCAUAGUUGAUUUGUUUUUUAAAGAGACUUGGAGGUGAUGUGUCUGUGUGAAAGUAUCGCUGCUUAAAUACAAGAGAAAUUACACAAGUUUCUAUGCCCCGGUUUAACGAGUUUCCCAACAUUAAAACUUAAGAACUCAUGAGUUGGUCGAGGUCUUAUUUCUCGAUCCAUUUGGUUUUGAUCUCUCUUCAUAUCAAGCACCGUAACAAAGGUGGGGCGUUUAUUUGUAAAUACCCAAAUUAGCGUCCUGGCGCUUAUUAAACUAUUUUCGUUCAAGGUGCAUCGCUUAUUCGAGAGCGGCGAUUAAUCGAGUAGCGUCGCUUAAUCGAUCAUUUACGUUAUACCCUUAACGUUUUUCUCGCUUCUGAGCGGACGACGUUGCAAAAUCUAUGACCACAGAUUAUAAAGUGUACUGUUCGCCAUUGUUGACUGCUUAUGUAUUACAUUACAUGUACUUAUGUCUUCGUCUUGAUAUUAUAGUAAAUUCCUAAACGACUCUUCUUCGGAAACUAGUCAACCUUGUUUCCCUCAAAUGUCAGUGUUUUUCUCGGCGAUUAUUGAUAUUAUAUCCUAAGGAAACAAAAUUUACUGGUUUUCCUCUUAAAUGAACGAGUGUUUGAUUUUCCAGUAAAUAAAUUCUUGUUUGUUUUCGUUGCAGCUGCUGUAAGAAAAAGACGAGCCCUUUCAAAUUUCUUCUACGUUGAAAUUCUUCGGUACAACCAGACUGUGUCUCUUGGGCAGACUGUGGUGAUCUUCACAGCGCUGAAUGCCAGCAAUAACUACCACCCUUUUCUCGCUUCUCGAGCAUGCGCUUUACUUGAAAACACCGCGAGAAGUUGCGUGGAAAACUGUGACAUUCUGAAACUGGUUGGGUUGCCCUGUGGUCAAGCAGAACUAAUUAAGAACGAUGGAAGACCAACCGAGCAAGUGUCAAAAGGCCUGAAUACUGGUGGAGUAGCGGGCAUUGCCAUAUUUGUGGUUAUCUUUGUGAUUGCGGUUCUUUUUUCCGCCGUCUUUUACUACAGGAAAAAAUACAAAGGAGCCAAGGUGAUUAGAGUAGUUGCAAGUGAAAUUCAAUUCCCUCUAGUUGUUUAAAAGCUGGAUAGCGUUAUCUCCCUGGUUUACCUUAUUAUAGGAAAAUAACAUCGUUUUGGCCCCAAAUUCUCAAUACACUUUUGACAUUCUUGAAUUUUUCUGACGGAGCGAACCUGCAUCGAUCAGUACGCUUUUCUAGCAUGGUCGUACGGCCCUCAUAAGGGAUUUUUUUAUAUGGUUUUCCAACGUAAUUCCGCGCGAGGCCGUAUGAUAAAGAGAUUUAUUCGGUGGAUAGUGUUAUCCAUCUUGCGAGCAACGGAGGCCCUGGCUAUCAGUAUUGUAUUUAACCUUCAGUAUUUUAGUGAAAGAGCAUCUUGGACUACUGGGAAAGCCGUUUUUUUUUUUCCUGUUGUAAGAUUUCGUAUGUUGCUUCUUACAAUCAACGCCCGACGUUCAUUGUCACCUCUGAUUAAUACUCGUAGUCUUGGAAAAAUCGUCGGAGUUGUCUGCCUUCAUCAUAAGGAUGUAAGUCACACAGCUCGGUUACAAAAUCAUAUUUCUCAAUAGAGAGGAGAAGCCGUUACGUCACGUUGUCAUGGUAGCAAACUUUCUGGAUCUCAACAAACCAUGGUGCUGCUAAUAUGACAGAAAAAAAACCGGAUAAAUUGUUAUGUAUCCCUUUGUUCCUGUGCAUGAUUACACACGACAAAACUGUAGCCCAUACUUUUCUUCCAUCAUUUGAAAAUGCAAAUGGCCGUCUCUGUCAGAAAGGUUGAUGAGAUCGAGAAAUUUUGCUCCCACAGUAACGUGACGUCACAGUUCUCCUUUCAAAAGUAUCCCCCCCCCCCCGCUCAUAUUUGAAAAGGACUCCCACUGGCCUCUCCCUCCUUAGGCAGUAAACUUCCUAAAUCCUUGGGAAGAGAACAUGUCACGUGCUAUGGAACAAACCUAAACUCACUCGCACGUGAUCAGGUCGUGUACCUUAAAAUCGCGGGAAAUCUACCUACCAGUCGUGCCAAGCAAGAAACUACUUUGAAGUCAUGAUAUGGUGUAAAAACCAAUUUAUAAUUUGUUCAUUUUCCCCAAAGGAAGAACCCAGGGAAACAAGACCCACAAUCUCUUUCAGGGACAAUAUUUUAACAUCAAAGUUUUAUUUUUUCUACCCACAGCAGGAUCAUGGGACAGUUGGUUACCAGGCCAACACGGAGGGAAUCGAUUUCUCCAAUGAAAUAUACGGUGAUAAUAGAAAGGUUGCGGUAACGCCACCGUCCAAUAGAGACUGGGCCGAGCGAUUGAGAAAGGAAUCGGACAUUCAUUUGCAACACAACUUGGAUCCAACUUCAGUCAUCAAAAGAAAUGAUAUUAAGGUAACUAAGAUGAAUCAUUUGUGGAGUUAUGCAAUGUUUUUAAGUUGCAGUCGACGGUUAAGAGAACGCAAUUCUAAUCCAAGUGUAAAUAGCCUUGCAGGUAUUCAUUUGUGGUAUAAUAAGCUUUCGUUAUAAGGGUAAGAUACACGACUGUCGACCUAAAGAAAUAAGAAUGCUGUCUGUAUAAAAUAGCCCGUUCAAAUAAACUGCGGAUUCAAACAAACGUCGGGUCCACCAGUGUUUAACAGAAAGCAUUUACAACAAUAACAACAACAACAAUAUAGUAAAAAACAAAACAAAAUAACGGACGUUUAAUUGAGAAUAUAGGGCCCUGCCAAGACUCUAGUUUUUUGUGUUGUUUUUACUGAAUGAAACACUCUGUUUUCUCAGGUAAUGGAGAAUCCCAUGUAUGUUCGAGUUGGCGAACAAAAUGAAGGCUAUGCCAGUCCACUUCAAAGUGUAAAGUCGGUAAGUUUGCCUGAUGUCAGAUCACCAAAAGCCGAGAAAAAGGAAGACAUUUACUUAAAACCCAUUGAUGAGGACGUCAAUGGUCCGCUUGGGGCGUGUUACGCUCGCUCCACUCCAAUGCUUGUAUCUCUUGGCUCUGACGAGAAAAAAUUUCAAAAGGAUGAAACUUGGUCGUCCGAAAACGAUCUAGACACGUACAUGAAAGGAGCGAAAGCCAAAGUCCGUGCUGCCAAUGCGACUAAAAUGAAGAAGUUUAAACGUCAAAGAAGCGACGAAAAAGUAAAAACGAACGAUGAGACUGAGUCGUUGAACAAUAGUGAGAUUCCCUCGUCUUUUGAAAAUCCAAUUUACGGCGAUAAUAACAGAAGAGAAGAAGCACACUCCACUGGAAAUCCAACCUACUCAACUAUCCCUGCCCUACUAAGGGGAGCUUCUCCUCUGCCUCCGAUUCCUACACGAACUACUAACGAAAGACCGUCGGAACUGCUCGAGAUACGAGAAGACGACACGUACGAGUCACUGAACUUUGGUCAGGCCGACGCUUGA